AAAAGAAAGGAUCGUGAUCACUUUCUGUGUGAACUGUCGGCUCUUCCUCUCUCCUAAUAUCCACAUAGACACCAGUCUCGUCACCCCCCCUUCCCUUCAACAGACCACAUCCCCAGCCGGUAGCGUCCAUCUUGUUAGCUGAUAAUUCCCUGCCAACUUUCGGAUGUCCUUGAGUGCCUUUCAUUAUGGCGUCUUUCCGCAAGAGCUGACUGACUCCGUAAUUGACUAUUUGUGGGACGACCCAACUGCACUCAAAUCAUGCUCUCUCACCUCCCAUGCAUUCUACACCCGUACACGUAUACACAUAUUCGGAAAUAUGGUUUUUAGCCGCAACUUUCCCUGCGACAAGUUUGUCGCCAUGUGCCGUUCCUCCCCGCACAUUCCUCGGGUGAUCAAACAUCUCACAUUGAAUAGUUGUUACGUGCCCCCAGACGAUAUAAUCACCUUCAUCAUAUCCUCACUCACCAAUGUCAAAACGCUCGCGAUGAAGGAUGUCUCCUGGAUCUUCUGGAUCACUGAACUGGUCAACCAACAGAACGUGUCAUCAUUUCCCUCUCUUCGCUCCCUAUCCAUUGAUUUCCACCACAGCAUCUACGCCUCUGUCUCCGAAGCACUCACCUUCAUUCACCUACAUCCUCGUAUACGUCGUCUUGAAUUGCUCUCAGUGCCAUCUCUGGCUUCCAUUAAUACUGCAUAUGAAUUGCCGGCGCGAUUAUCCCACCUCGAGAGCUUUUCUAUCUCGUCCUCGGCGUUUAGUUCCCAGCUGAGUGACCUUAUGCUAAACCCGAGAAUUAGUGGCCUCUCCUUCAGUCAUCUCCGCCUCUUUUCCAUCUCCCUGCAAGAUAGCUCGGAUAUUCCCUUUGUCAGUGCGAUCCUGAAAAUGGCGUCCUGCACACUGGAGGAAGUUCAUCUGAUGCAUCAAUGUAUGUUCAUCUGACAGUUGCCGACCCGCGUCUCACAUAUCCAUAUCCAGCUUUGCGCCCAAUAUUAUUGGACAACCUCAACAUCUCCUGUCUCCGAAAAGUUACCAUCACCUUCUCCCACCCCAUAUACAACGAACGCCACUCCUCGACGAUCAAGUCGUGGGGUAAAUUGUUUGAUAAACGCGCCAGCGAGGUGGAGGAGAUCGUUGUGCGUACCGUCGUGUCAAGCCCCAGUCUCUUUGGCCAUAUGGACUAUGGGGUUUGGUCAGCGUGGG